GCGGCCGGGAAAUCAUCACAACACCGGAGGGGUGGGGGGGGGGACAAAAUUAUCUUUUUCACCUUUUUCCUCAUCUGGAAGAGAUGUCUACACUCACCAUGUCUGUGGAAUCAGAAGCAGCUGCUGUUACCAACUCGUGACUGCUUCUUUAGGCUACGUCCUAAGACAGCGCUGAGAGGCUGAUUAGCCCCCCCCAGGACUGGUGGAACUCACCUGAACACCCCGAAACACUGAGCAGGUUAACCCAAAGUCCACGAGCAUGCCCGGCGACGACCCCGAGAGCAUGCUGAGCUACCAGAGGCCAGAUGAGGAGGUGGUGGUAGACCAGGGAGGGACCAGCUCAGUACUGAACAUCCAUUAUGAAAAGGAGGAACUAGAAGGCCACAGGACUCUGUUUGUGGGGGUUCGGAUGCCCAGGCAGAGCCAUCGUCACCACAAGGCCCACGGCUCUCGGCACCGCAAGAGAGACAGAAGGGCAGGAAGCAUCGCAACGCAACAGAGCGAGGAUAGUGAGACGGCCACCUCCAGUCAUGACACGCCGUCCCAGCGGGUCCAGUUCAUUCUGGGCACAGAGGAGGAUGCUGAACAUGUGGCCCACGAGCUGUUCACUGAGCUGGAUGAGAUCUGUGUGAGGGAUGGCAAGGAUGCUGAGUGGAAGGAAACAGCCAGGUGGCUGAAGUUUGAGGAAGACGUGGAGGAUGGCGGGGAGAGGUGGAGCAAGCCCUAUGUCGCUACUCUCUCCCUCCACAGCCUGUUUGAGCUCCGCAGUUGCAUCAUCAAUGGCAGUGUGUUGCUUGACAUGCACGCUGACAGCAUCGAAGAGAUUGCAGACAUGGUGCUGGACCACCAGGAGGCGUCCAAUGAGCUGGACGACACUGUGAGAGUGAAGGUGCGCGAGGCUCUGCUGAAGAGACACCACCACCAGAACGAGAAGAAGAAGAACCUGAUGCCCAUGGUGCGCUCCAUCGCUGAGGGAACCCGCAAACAGUCAGAUCUCCAUCUGACAGCAGGGUCAGCCACAUCUCCCCAGCCUCCGCCAACUACAGAACCCGCUAAAAACGGUGGCGGACAGGACAGCACCCCAGUGGACCUUAGCAAGGUGGACAUGCACUUCAUGAAGAAGAUCCCAGAGGGUGCAGAGGCCUCCAAUGUACUGGUGGGAGAACUGGACUUCCUGGAGAGGCCCAUUGUGGCCUUUGUCCGCCUCUCCCCUGCUGUGCUGCUCACCGGACUCACUGAGGUCCCCAUACCUACCAGGUUCCUCUUCAUUCUGCUGGGCCCUGAUGGAAAGGCUCAGCAAUACCAUGAAAUUGGACGCUCCAUGGCGACCAUCAUGACAGAUGAAAUCUUCCAUGAUGUAGCCUACAAGGCAAAGGACAGAAGUGACCUGCUGGCUGGGAUAGAUGAAUUUCUGGACCAGGUGACGGUCUUGCCACCAGGAGAGUGGGACCCCUCCAUCCGCAUCGAGCCACCAAAGAGUGUCCCCUCUCAGGAGAAGAGAAAGAUGCCAGGAGUCCCUAAUGGCGGAACCUUCCAGGUAGAGGAAGAACUACAUGCUGAGCACCACGGGCCAGAGCUACAGAGAACUGGAAGGUUGUUUGGUGGUCUGAUACUGGACAUUAAGAGGAAAGCUCCGUUCUAUCUGAGUGACUUUAAGGACGGUCUGAGCCUCCAGUGUGUGGCCUCUUUCCUCUUCCUCUACUGUGCCUGCAUGUCUCCUGUCAUCACCUUUGGAGGACUGCUGGGGGAGGCGACAGAGGGAAGCAUCAGUGCCAUAGAGUCCUUACUCGGUGCGUCUAUGACUGGAGUAGCCUACUCUCUGUUUGCUGGUCAGCCUCUUACCAUUCUAGGCAGCACAGGUCCUGUGUUGGUUUUUGAGAAAAUCCUCUUCAAGUUCUGCAAGGACUACAACCUGUCCUAUCUGUCGCUGAGGACUUGCAUCGGCCUGUGGACGGCCCUGCUGUGUUUGGUGUUGGUUGCCACUGAUGCUAGCUCUCUGGUGUGCUACAUCACUCGGUUCACAGAGGAGGCCUUUGCCGCCCUCAUCUGCCUCAUCUUCAUCUAUGAGGCCUUGGAGAAGCUCUUCCACUUGGGAGAAGUCUACCCCUUCAAUGCACACAGCGAUCUGGAUAAACUCACACUGGCGUACUGUAGGUGUACAGAGCCAGAUAACCCCAGUAAUAAAACCUUAGAACUGUGGAGUGAGAGAAACAUUACAGCCUCUGUUGUACCAUGGACCAACCUUACUGUCAAGGAGUGUGUCAGUCUGCAGGGCCACUUUGUUGGGACAGCAUGUGGCCACCACGGCCCCUACACCCCAGAUGUUCUCUUCUGGUCUACCAUCUUGUUCUUCUCGACCUUUUUAAUGUCUGCCUUCCUUAAACAAUUCAAGACAAGUCGUUAUUUCCCCACCAAGGUGCGGUCCAUGAUCAGUGACUUUGCAGUGUUCCUUACUAUUGCUGUCAUGGUUCUGCUUGAUUAUGCGAUGGGAGUGCCCUCCCAGAAGUUAAAGGUGCCCAGCAAAUUCCAGCCUACCAGAGACGACAGAGGUUGGCUGAUCAAUCCAAUAGGACGCAACCCAUGGUGGACAGUCCUGGCUGCAACUAUUCCUGCUCUUCUCUGCACCAUCCUCAUCUUUAUGGACCAACAGAUAACUGCCGUCAUCAUCAACCGCAAAGAGCACAAACUACUGAAGGGCUGUGGGUACCACUUGGACCUGCUCAUGGUUGGGGUGAUGCUGGCGGUGUGCUCCAUCAUGGGCUUGCCCUGGUUCGUAGCAGCCACGGUGCUGUCCAUCUCUCACGUCAACAGCCUGAAGCUGGAGUCAGAGAGCUCGGCUCCAGGAGAACAGCCUCGCUUCCUGGGCAUCAGAGAACAGAGGUUAACUGGUCUGCUCAUCUUCCUGCUCAUGGGCUGCUCUGUAUUCAUGACUGGAGCCCUGCAGUUCAUUCCUAUGCCAGUGCUGUAUGGUGUUUUCCUUUACAUGGGAGUCUCCUCAUUAAAAGGCAUCCAGUUCUUUGACCGUGUAAAGUUGUUCUGUAUGCCGGCGAAGCACCAGCCAGACUUCAUCUACCUGCGCCACGUCCCCUUGAGGAAGGUGCACUUGUUCACUGUCACGCAGCUCACCUGUCUGGCGCUGCUCUGGGUCAUCAAGCACUCACCUGCUGCCAUCGUCUUUCCCAUGAUGGUGCUGGCUUUGGUUUUCAUUCGCAAACUGCUGGACUGGUGUUUCUCCAAGCGAGAGCUAAGUUACCUGGAUGAUUUGAUGCCUGAGUGGAAGAAAAAAAACCUUGAUGAUGCAUCUAAAACGAUAGAAGAGGAAUCACAGGUUAUGCUCAGCACAAAGAAGAAAGAUGCAACUGCUGUUCAGAUUCCCAUGGAGGCCAGCGAGCCUGUUCAGACCCCCAAAGCACACGACCCCAGGUGUGACCCCUCUGACAUUAAUAUAUCUGAUGAAAUGUCUAAAACCACCGUGUGGAAUUCCAUUAACUCCACUCAAAGGGACACUUGUCCUGUGGCUUCUAAGAAGGAUUGAAGGGAUCACAUUCAUAGACGAGUGAAAGGAUGUCCACAGUCCUGACAGGCUGUAGUUCUGGACCACAGGAUACUGCGAUUUGGCUGAUUUCAACCACUUCAGUGCUUAGAAAAACAAGUCUCGAUGAUUUCUACCAGCUACCUGCAACACAUAAUACCGUCCACAAAAAUAAAGAGAAGGUAGUACAGUACGCACAGAUAGACAUACACAUGCACUUCAAUCUUUGUGAGAACUAGAAAUAUCUUUAAAAUCUUAUUUACCUACAUUUAAAGGUGCCCUGCCACACGUAUUUCAUUACUUUGUCUGAAGUUCUACCAUGGA